CCCUCGAAAGUGCGUUGCCGCGAGUGCGCGAAAACGUCUCCUCCCCCCCCGGGGGUGGUGGGUGGCCGCGCGGGCGUUAUAAUGCCGGAUAGCGCGCGGCGCCGCAAGAAAGCAGCGGCCGGGUUUCUACGUUCCGUUUUUAUUCGCUCGUCGGACGGUCCGCUGCUCCGCUGAGAGUCAAGUUCGUCGCGCUCCGCUGUGCGCGCCGCGCCGCCGCGUCCGUGGCGCGCUCUCGCGCGGCGUUCACCAUCGCGCUUUCGAUUGUGCGUCUCUCCGUCUGCCGGCGAUACGACGACGAGGAGGAGGAAGAAGAAGAAGAAGAGGAGGAGGAGAAAAAGAAGGAGGAGGAGGAUAGGGGCCGUCUUCGCGGGGACGACGAGGAUCGAUCCGCUCGGCGCAAAGAGCCCUUGAACUUGGUGGACCACGAGCGAGUUCGGGAGGAUCAACAGGAGGGCCCACGGCGGCGGAAGGGAAAACUCGGCCGGCUCGAGCUUCCGCCGGCGGGAAGAGCUUGAGGUAAACACAACUUGCGACUUUGCGGGCCCGAAGAGGCCCGAAAGGACCAAGAAAAGAAUCGAGAGCAGCACGGUCGUAGGGAGGGAAGGAAUCGGAGGAGGGCCCGGCUUCGGGGAAGAGACACUCCCCAUCGCUCGUGCUGCGGGCCCACCCCGACGACGCGUACGCGAUCCCGAUAGAGAGAUCACGCUGCCCGUCGAUCACGCCAUCGACUCUCGCCGUGAAUCGCGAGCCGAUUCGUGCGCGGAGGUGCGCACAUACACACACACACACACACACACACACCCCUCGCCCAGCACCUGCGCUCGGAGAGGAGAAAGAGGCAGCGUCGAAUGUCGUCGAGCUCGGGGAAGACGCCUGAAAACCGUCGGCGGAAGGAUGAUGCAGCUUCCGACUCAUCAUCGGAUGUCCCCGUCGAGCUCGGUUGGCUAAUCGGCGACUGAGUCGCGAGAAACGAUAUCCGCUCGUGCAACAAUUUCGAUUUCCUCCCCCGAGGUGCUCGGGAAGAGAGAGAGAUAUAUAUAUAUAUAUAUAUAUCUCCGGGACAUCGUGCGUGCGUGUGUACGAACCGAGCCGUGGGAAAAAGCGGAUUCGAACGGAUUCGCGGUUAUUCUUUCCCGUCGGUUCCCUCUUUCAUUUUUCUGCUGUUUUAUUUUUCUUCCUUAUCCGAAUCGCGGCGACGAGAGCGUGUUGAUUUCUGUGAUACUGGUGUCGCGCGUGGUGGUUAACGACCCUUGUUGUUCCCUCAGUGGUGGAAUAUCGACGGUGCAGUGGUGAGAAGUUCUGUUGGUGCGCGCGACGGUGGUGCCCCGCGAGAGAAAGAGAGCGAGGAAUACAGGAGGAGGAGGAGAGUGAGAAGGAGAGAGCGUCUCUCGUUGCACGCGUGACUUUCAAUUCAUUACCACGGAUCUCCCCCGGCAGUUCGACGCCGCGCCCACCCUCGAUGAGAGGAGGCACAUGUCCAUUGCUGCCGCUGAAAAUGCAGGGCCUGGCCCGUGUGAAUUGCAAGACCCGUUGUGGGUCAAAAUGAGUGCGAUUACUGGCGGCAUUACCAAGAAAAGAAAGAAAUCAGAUGCGAAGCCUCAGUCGCAGAUUAACAAGUGCCUUAAUGAAAAAAGACGACGGACCCAAGAGAACUUGUACAUCGAUGAGCUUGCCGAGCUGAUUUCCGCAACGGACAUGAGCUCUGGGAAGAGUGACAAAUGCAUGAUCCUUCGCAAAGCCGUCACUCAGAUUCGGCACUUUACUGGUCAACCAGAGGGCCAUUCCAAUAGUCAUGCUGUGCAACAGGGAGAAGUGUCUUCGUCGAAUCCUAAUAUACUGUCCAUCGAUCAAAUUGGCCCCAUCUUACUUCAGGCGGUAGACGGCUUUAUGUUCAUUGUAAAUACGGAGGGCUGCGUGACGCACGUUUCGGAAAAUAUAACGCAGUACACGAAGUACACGAAGGACGAUGUACUUGGAAAGGAUAUUUACAACAUUAUUCAUCAUGGAGAUCACAACACCUUCAUGUCCAGUGUGUUACCCUCUGUAGGCUGGACCAGCGAUCCUCAGCCUCAGUCCAAGAAUCGCGUCUUCAAUUGCCGCUUCUUGGUGAAGCCGCCCGACGAUAAGGACGAGACUGUGGAAGAGAAGCAACAGCGAGUCUCGAAGUAUGAGUCUAUGCAAAUCUGUUCUCUUCUUCUGUCCGAACACGUAGAAAGCGGUGAUGCAUCCUCCGAAUCAUCAGACCCUGGUCUGUUGUGCAUAGUGCGUAGGAUAUCGCCGAACGAGAAGCCCAUCAAUACUUUCAUUGAGCAAUUCACCGUCAAAUUAGAUACCACCUGGAAGAUUAUUGCGGUCGACAUCAGUUGGUUAACUCCCCCUUACACCGAGUACCUAAAGAAGGAUUUUUUGGUAGGCACAAUAUUUAAGGAUCUGUGCCACCCUCAUGAUCUCAGUACGCUCAUGAAGCAUUUGAACGACACGAUCCAAGCCGGAGAAAGUACGAGUGAUGUGUACCGGCUACGCAUUAGUCCUGAUAAGUUCCUUAAGAUUCAAACGAAGUCAAGGGUUUUCAAAGCAAACAUGAUGAAUACGCACGAGAACGACUUCAUAAUGGCAACUAAUUCCAUCAUUGGGGAGGACAAUGACUUAAUGAUCGAGGGUGGUCAGCUUUCCAACAACAAAGUGUGCUCAGGACACUCAAGCAACCGUUGUGCAAAUAAUAGUAAUAAUAAUAACGGUAACAAUAACAAUAACGUGGGUGGCCCGCUGAUGUCCGUCGCGCAUCUGAACGGUCAAGUGAGUGGUAUCAGUGCUCGCGGUAUGGCGACGACGGCCGCCACUUCGUCGAACUCGAUCGCCUUUAGCACGGGGGGUGCUGGCAGCGGCGGCGGUGGUGGCGGCGGUGGCGGUGGCAGUGACUCGUGCAACCCCCUGACGUCGCUGAGCACGUCAGCCGGCAAUCCGUUCAACCACUUUUCGGGGAACAUGGACCUGGAAUUCGAGCUCUUCCCCAGUUCCACAUGGGACUUGGACGGUAGCGCCGGGUGGACGGAUAGGCCGGAGUCGAGAGCGAGCGGGCCACCGAAUUCGCGACCACCUUCCCAGCCAUCCCCGACAUCACCGAGCCCGCAGGGAACCUUCUCUAACUCGACGUUAAUGCCUAUGGGCAGUCUUAGCCCAAGUACGGUCUGCGUCGCUCCCACCUUCAGUAAUUCGUUCCCCUUCAGCCCUCUGCAGGAGACCACGCAGACGGCCACGUUGAGUAACGCUGCCAGCAGUGUCAACGCCAACGGCAGCGGCGGCGGCGCCGGCGGAAGCGGCAUCAGCAGCGGUGUCGGUGCCGUCGGCAAUAACACCGCCACGUCCACGGUGAAACGAACGGAGGAGAGCAACAAGAGCGGAUGUCCUACUAGCAACAGCGGUGGCGGUGGUGCCAUGGACAGUACGACUACGAGGACCAGCAAUACUGCCGUCACCGCCGUCGAGACUCAGAACAGCAGUGUAGUGUCCACCGAGUCCGGUAGGCUCAGAAACUUAUUGACGAAGGGCCCGAGCGCUAGUGAGGAUAGUCAGGACAAUGCGAAUAACGAUUCGGAUAGUCAGGGCAAAAAUCGGAUAUUGAAGAUCCUGUUGAACGCGCAGGACGAAGACGACUGUCAUUCGGAGCAUAAAGUGCGUACGAGCCCGAGCAACAUGCCAAAGCCAAGCAUGGAGUACUCCAAGUCGUCGCUCGGAACCAACAACAUGUUAUUGCAGUUAUUAAACGAGAAAAAUGACGACGAUGACGAAGAAACACGUGCCGGGAAGAAAAGAAACGAACUUCUGCAACAGCUGAUGAAAAGCGACGACGAAAUAAAGUUGCCGGACCCACAGAGUCGAGAAGAUGAUCCUCUUUUGCGGAGUCUUGGAUUCAACACGACGCCGUCUCCGUCGCAAUCAGGCGAUCACAUGGCUCUCGGGAAUACGAUGCAGGUAGGCCAGAAGAGGCCGGGAGAGGAUGGCGACUUAAACAUAGCCGUGAAACGGCCUGUGGAUGGCUCGCAUCAGGUGUCUUCUUCGGGAGCUAGCUCCUCGAGUAAUUCAACGAGCAAGCUAUGGGAGAAGAACAAAAUGUUGGCAUCCUUACUGGCGAAACAGCCACCGCAGCCAACGAAUAUCCCACCGAUCCCUGCUUCCGUGAUAUCGUCUAUCCCACAGGAUAAGCUGCCUCGCUUAAAACAACAGCAGCAACAGCAGCAGCAGCAGCAGCAGCAACCACCUCCGCAACCGCAACAACAGCAGCAGCAGCAGCAACAACAACAGCAGCAGCAGCCUUGGACCGGUGGCAGUAUGCAAGUUGGUAAUAACGCGAGCACGACGACCACGCCGUCGGCGCGUCCUCUUCAAAGCCAGUCGAGACAACUACCUCGUCAAUCAACCAAUGCCUACCUCAGUCAUAUGCUAAGUCAACAACAAAGGCCCCAAAUGGGACCAAUCGAGUCCGAGUUUCCGGGCGGUGGAGAAUACCGUCAAAGCAACGAUCCAACCAACUGGAACAAUCAAUCGUCGGAUCCGGACCUCUCGGAAAUUUUGGAUCAAGUUAUCGAUUUUGUCCCGGACGAAGAUGUCGCAAGAAAUCUUCUAGAUGCUAUCGAAACGCCGGAGAGCGUGAUGAACGUGGCGAACAUGAACGAGACAAUGGCGAUUAACGCUAUUCAGAAGAAUUUAAUGUUGUGCGAGACUGUCGUGAAUCCAACAUCUUCCAGCAUAGCUAUGUCCAGCACGCCACCAGCCUAUUCUACCGCGUUGGGAACCACACCUGUGACGACUAGUCACAGUUACCAACCACCUCCUCUGUACCCACAGCCCAGGAUGAGGUUUGGUGCCCAACCAGGUAUUAGACAGACCGGCCAGUUUACGCAGUUACAGUUGCAACAGCAACGCUCUAAGCUCAUACAGCAUCAGCAGCAGCAGCAGCAGCAACAGCAGCAUAAGCAACGAUUAUUGCAGCAGCAGCAGCAGCAGCAUUUGCUUAUCCCAUCGAAUGCUACUGCGACGGAUCAAAUUAAUAGUGGUAUUCAAAACAUCGACAACCUUUUGAACAAUACCGUUGCGCCGCCGAAUGUGUCGUUGCAGCGGUCGAGUGUCCCAGAUUCACAAGUUUCUCCAGGCUAUGGGGCAUCCGUCCAGAUGGCUUCUGGUCACCGACUCGCUCAUCCGUAUUCCCAUCAAUCGACGAUACCGCAGCACCACAUCGUGAAUAACAAUUACAACAGUGGUCAACCAGUGUCUACAACAUCGAGGCUUUCGCCACAUUCUCCGGCCAGUAUGCUGCCGUUCCCUCAUCCGCAGCCAUUAUCGCCACGGGUGGCACAAGGUAAUUACGGCAACACACCGAGAUUAUUCAACGUGAACCAGGUGAGGCCGCAACAGCAGGUCGCGGCGCAGCAACAGUUACAACAGCAACAACAACGAUCGAUGCCCUCGCCUGGAACGGCAGCCUCCGCUCGGCAGUCCCCGUUUCCUGCCGAAGCGUUUCCUCCACCGACAUCGCCUACAGCCAGCCAAUUCCCACCGGGUCCCAAUACCGGGGCACCAAAUCCGUCAGCCCAGUAUCGACUGCAACGGACCACGUCUACACCUUCUGCUACGACUCAGUUGCCAGGUGGGAUUGGUUCGCCUCGGCACUACGGCGGCGUGAGUAAGGAACAACCUCUUCUUUCACCUAGUCAUUCACACUCGGCUUGCCCGGCAACACCUACCCAUAAUCAACACAACGCCACCAACACACAACAUUUCUCGAGUCAACAACACACUCCCAUGCUAUACCAACACGCCAACGCGAACACUAUCAACACGGCAGACAUGCAGAACAGUCAGUUCUGUUACGAUCGGUCGACAGUACCGCUCUAUCCACCUGGCGGAGAGGCGCAAGAUGUCAGGUCACUGCCUCCGAGCAAUACCGUCAAUCACCAAAUGGGUGGUAACGUCAGCUCGGAAUUCGUGCGGCAGAAAUUGAUAACGGUUGUCGGCGCGCGAACGCAGCAGCAGCAACAGCAGCAGCAGCAACAGCAGAGAGUGCCCAACAACCUGCAGAAUAAUCUUUCUGGUCAAGUUUCUCAGGACGAACUUGAAGCACUUGGUCUGACAUUCGAAAUGCCUUCUGCAGGUGAGGCUGUGGUUAGCGAUGGCCCCGCCAAGAUCUGGGGGAGCGCCGGAAGUGCCCCCUCGUCCUCCAGGAUUACUAUGGAGGAGGCACGAGGUGAUCCGACGAAGUCAUCGUUGCUGCAGAAGCUACUGCAGUCCGAGUGACUGCAGGCCAUCCCGUCAUGCAGUAAAGAGUUAUAUGUAAUAUAUUUUUGAAUGUGCGGAGAGCGGAACGGAGAUAUAUAGGACGUAAAAAAAAAAAAACGCGGACGAGAGCCAGAGUGUGAACGGGAGUAGAUGCGCGAGAGAGAAAGAAAGCGAGAGUUAUAAAAUGCAUAUACACUUAUACGUAAUGGAUACUAUUGUAUUAUAUGUAACGUCACACACGGAGUCAGUAUUCAUAUACGUAUCACCAAAUACAAUGCAAAACUAGCGCGCGGUGCUCUCUAGAAUGUUGCCCGUCGGUCAGUCGAGGAAGACGGGACGAGAGAGUGAGAGCGGGAGAGGAGAAUGGGAGAUUAGAAAGAAGAGAGAGAGAGAGAGAGAG